ACAGAUCCGGUUCGGGGGCGGGACUUCCUGCGCUGUAGCCGCUCGAGUCGAGUCCGGCCGCCACCGCCGCGGAGGGAACGAAGCAGGAACCGCCCGGCCCGACGCGCCGCUGCCCGCCAUGGCUCUGCCCCGGUCGCUGCUGCUGCUGCUGGUCCUCGGCCCCUGGCCGGGCCGCGCCUCCGACGUGCUGGAGCUCGGGGACUCGGACUUCGAGAGCGGCCUGGCCGAGCGCCCGGGGCUGGCCCCGGUGGCCGGGCCGGUUCCGUGGUGUGGGCACUGCAAACGACUAGCCCCGGAGUAUGAGGCUGCUGCUACCAGACUGAAAGGAAUUGUCCCUCUAGUAAAGGUUGACUGUACAGCAAACUCAAACACCUGUAACAAAUACGGAGUCAGUGGCUAUCCCACCCUGAAGGUUUUCAGGGAUGGUGAAGAGGCAGGUGCCUAUGAUGGGCCCAGGACAGCAGAUGGGAUUGUCAGUCACCUCAAGAAACAGGCAGGGCCUGCCUCAGUGGCUCUCCACUCUGUGGCAGAUUUUGAAAAAUUCAUCAGUGACAAAGAUGCUUCUGUGGUGGGCUUCUUCAAAGAUGCAUUUGGUGAUGCUUAUUCAGAGUUCAUGAAAGCAGCCAGCAACCUAAGAGAGAGCUACCGCUUUGCACACACCAGCGAGGAGGCGCUGAUACAGAAGUAUGAGGCAGACGGAGAGGGUGUUGUCUUAUUCCGUCCUCAACGCCUGGCAAACAAAUUUGAGGAUAGCACUUUGAGGUAUACAGAGGACAAAAUCACCAGUGGCAAGAUCAAGAAGUUUCUCCAGGAGAACAUUUUUGGCAUCUGUCCACAUAUGACAGAAGAUAACAAAGACUUGAUACAAGGGAAGGACUUGCUGGUGGCUUAUUAUGAUGUGGACUAUGAGAAGAAUGCCAAGGGCUCCAACUACUGGCGCAACAGAGUGAUGAUGGUGGCACAGAAGUUCCUGGAUGCUGGACACAAGCUCUACUUUGCGGUUGCUAGUAGAAAAACCUUUGGCCAUGAGCUUUCAGAGUUUGGCCUGGACAGCAGCACAGGGGAGGUUCCUGUCGUUGCCAUCAGAACCGCCAAGGGAGAGAAAUAUGUCAUGCAGGAGGAAUUCUCCCGUGAUGGGAAAGCUCUGGAGAGAUUCUUGCAGGAUUACUUUGAUGGUAACCUGAAGAAAUACCUGAAAUCGGAGCCCAUUCCAGAGAACAAUGAUGGUCCUGUGAAGGUGGUGGUUGCUGAAAACUUUGAUGACCUUGUUAAUGCGGAGGACAGAGACGUUCUGAUCGAGUUCUAUGCCCCAUGGUGUGGCCACUGCAAGAACCUGGAGCCCAAGUACAAGGAACUAGGAGAAAAGCUCAGCAAAGACCCCAACAUUGUCAUAGCCAAGAUGGAUGCUACAGCCAAUGAUGUGCCUUCUCCAUACGAAGUCCGAGGCUUCCCCACUAUCUAUUUUGCUCCAGCUGGUAACAAGCAGAAUCCAAAGAAAUAUGAGGGAGGCCGGGAGGUGAGUGACUUCAUUAGCUACUUGAAGCGGGAGGCGACCAGCCCUCCAGUGCUGCAGGAGGAGGAAAAGCCCAAGAAAAGGAAGAAGGCCCAGGAGGAUCUGUAAAGCACCUAACCACCCAGCUCACCAGUGUGUCAGGAGGAAUUGUGUGGGCAGUGGGGAAGCCCUGGGUGACUUGGGGCCAGCUCGGGGGAGUGAGGAAACUGUACCCAAUGCAAUGUGGGCUGAAGGGACCCAACUGCUGUACCUAGUUGUGUUUAAUUUCCUGCCGUCUCUUUGCUGCAUUCUUAUGGGGCUGCCCCAGACUUGGGGGGUGAUUGAGGGGUGGGGAAGGGGGGGGCAGGGGGAGACACGUUAUUUUCUAAUUUUUUUGUACAUUUGGAGAAGAGACAAUAAAAUGGACCCCUUUAAAACCACACAUCUGUGCCCAGUGGCUGCUGCUGAGAGUCCUGUGUAUGUGGCCCCAGCAAGCUGGGAGACCCUGGAGUGCUGCCUGGCUCCCAGCUGGUUCCUGAGGGCUGUGAGAAUGCAUGGGGAACAAAUCCCACCUGCCCUCACACUCCAGCUUGUGGUCCAUGAGCUACUUCCCAGUACAAGAGGCUGGUGAGGGAGUGGCCCCUGCCGUGCUUCUGUGGGAAGUUGG